AUGCAGUUAGGAGUAUCUAACCUGGUCAUUGUACACUCUACUGGUGUUUACUCACACAGUGUAUCAUGGUGCCAGUGUCCUGGAGCUGAGAAGGCAUGGCAUCUCCAUCUCAUGAAAGCAAGGUUAUUUCCUACCAGUAUCACUCACCCUCGAUCUGCUUUCACAUUCAAUGUCCUGGAUAACUUCCUCAUAGAUGCUUUGGAGUGCAAGACUUCAGCCAUGAGUUUCUAUCAAAAGCUCUGUUGGUUCACAAACAAUGCAUUCCCUGAUAAAAUACCAGUGAGUAAUUUUAUAUGA